GAUACGAAAAAGAAAAAAAAAACGCAGAACCAAUCUCCUCCCGAAACACAUCCGCCACCGCUGCCCACCUCGCCUCCUUCGCCGCCCCCCCAUUGCCGUCGCCUCCUCCGCCCGCCUCCACUUCCACCCUUCUCCUCCACCGCGCUCACUCGCCCCCUCCAUAUCCACGUCGGCGGCGAAGUCCAUCCACCCCGAGUCCCACGCCGUCGCCUUCUCCCCUCCGCCCCCGGCGUCUUUUCCCCUCCUCUCUGCACCACGGAGUCUCUUCCUCGCACAGUCCACCGCCUCCUCCCCCAUCGCCGUCACCUCCUCGCCUCCACCGCACUCUUCCUACUCGCUUUCUCAUCCCCAUCUCCAUCCCAAUCGCAGCUCCAGAAAAAGCGGGACAAUACCGAGGUUGACAGCGGCAGAUCAAGGCGAGCAAGGAUAAAUCGGAUCGCAGCUAAAUAGUUUGAUUGGUACUGGUGUCUCGCCUAUUCCCCCGAUGAAUCCUUCCAUCCCCCGGCGUCGAGCCAAGGACGCCGCCCUCCGGCGAGAGGCGGAGCGGUAUGUGAGCACCGCUAAGGAUCUCUUGUCAGGCCAAAUCACAAAGGGCAAAAUCGAGCGCUGCUGGCACUUACUCAUCAAGGCCCUUGGCCUCGACCCAUGCGCCCCGAGCGGGCAGGCCCUCUUGGUCGCCGCCGUCGCCCUCCGCACCACCCAUCACCACCGGUACCGCCUCCCGUCCGGGGCCCCCGACCCCUACCUCGUCUUCGGCCUCAACCCCGCCGUCCCAACCGCCCGUGACCCCGCCGUCAUCGAAUCUUACUAUCGCCAAGCCUCCGACCUGCUCAACCGCUCUCUCUGCUCUCACCCCCUUGACCCCUGCUAUCCCGCCUUCUCCCAUGCCGCCCGCCUCGUAGCCGAUGCGUGGGCCGUCCUGUCGGAUGCUGACCGCAAAGCAUCCCUCGACUCCAGAUUCGAAAAGCCGCCGCCGCCGCCGCCUCAGCCAUCGGCGCCGCCAACUGCACAGCCUGGCCGCGGCACCUCUGCUGCUACGACUAUUCCAAGUGAUGUGGCCCAUGGGCGUCGGGCUGGUUAAGCGCAACGUUCGUCUGGCUGGCGAUGAGUGGAUUUGAGGGUGCCUGCGUGCACAUGCCUUGUAUCGUCAUGUCAUGAAGAGGAAUUUGCUGCAGGAAUUUUUUUUUUGUUGCAGAUUUUCUGUUUGAACCAUAUCUGAAACAUUUGAAUGAUGUCAUUGCUGUCGAUUCUAUUUGA